AUGCUUAGAAGAUAUACGUGUCUAGCUUUAGCGUCAAAGAAGAGUUUACAUCAUUCUUCUGUCAGGUCUAACUUCCUUACAGAGCUAAGAGCAGUUAAAGAAGACUUUGCAAGUAGAUCAGGUGCCACUGAAAAUGAUGGAAAGCAAACUAUCAAGAUAGAUGGGGAAGAGGAAACUGAAGUUCAGGAAAAAUUGCAAGAGAUAUUGAGCAAGUCCCGUAAAUCGACAUUUUCUGAUCCCUCUAAUCGUGAACUUGAUUUAUCAAGACUGAAUACGGAUAUCUACAAUGAGAUUGUAGAUAACUUAAAGAAACGUAGAAAGUUUAGGAUAUUCCUUCCUGAAAAAGAAUGGAGAGAAAAUUUUCUGCAGACCAUGAAAACACAUUACCCUAAGGUCCUGAAGGCUCAUAGACACAAGUUUAUGAGAGAAAUGGUGGAAGAUUCCUUCAAGAAUGCAACUAUUUCGCCUUACUCUGCAUGCGAUCCAAUAACUAUUGGUGAUUUGGUUGCCUUAGCAGAUGAUACAGCAGAAUUUUAUAUUGUAGUUGGUAUUCCUGAGAAACUUAGCUCUCCGUACUACACUUGCAUCAACAAAGAAGGUGAAUUAGUAUUUGUAAGUAGAGAUAAGUUCAAAUUAAGGUUCCCUCAUGCCAUUCCCAAGAAGUACGACAUGUUUUUACAAUGUCUAGUUGAACCAGAGAAGAAGUGGAGAGAUUUUGCACCAAUAGGAUAUCCAGACGCUGAAUUUCUGAGAUCUGAAUUGGCACGUCCGAAUGAAUUUCCACCAGAGAGAAUAGGGAAGAAGAAGAGCAAACACAAGAAAUAUGUAAAGCCUGAACAAACAUUCAAGGAACAGGUAAAUGCAGGGCAACUAUUGAACGAGCAAGCAUCUCAGGAAUAUAACCUCGAAGAAGAACUAACUUCCAACGAUGAAGAUGAUUUUAUUGUAAAUAGUGCCGCAGGACAAUUGUUGACAAAUUCUGACGUAAUGACGUACCAUGUUCUGUGGUUUUCUCGAGAGCUUUAUUCUGAGCCGUUGCGUGAUUUAAGUAUCCGCAUCUCUGAUGAUAUGAACUUGAUUUCAAAGAAAUUGGAAUAUUUGCAUAGAUUAUUACAAUUCGACGCAACAGGUGGAAUAAUCGACUCACCGGUAACAAUAUCCAUAUUUGAACUUUUGGAAUAUGUAACUAAAUUGGACUUAGAUCAGGCGAGGGAGUUUGCAGCAGGUGGACGUGAAACAAUCGCAAAAUACAAUGAAGAGAUUAUGAAACUGUCUGACAUGAGCCUUUAUCCGUCCCCUUUGAGAACAAUUUAUCAAGUACAACGGUACCUCCGCCUGCAUAAUUUGAUUGAUGAAGAUAGCAACAAAUUGGGAAAGGAUAUUCCAAUUAUUGGAGAGCAAAUUGGAGAAUACAAUAUUUCGACAUACUUAACUGUGAUAUUGGCAUUGAGACAUCAAAGUAGAAUGUGGAAUUUGAAUCAGUCCAAUCCUUCGAACCCCCCGAUUAGUUUGACCAUAUUACCAGUUCACUAUAUUGGUAAUAUAAGUUUUUUAAUAGAGAAAUUGAAAUCGGAGGGCUUAACCUUAAAAUUUGCCAAUUAUGUUGUCUCUUGUAUGAAUGGAGAACCUAAAGAUGUUCCAGAAUACUAUUCUGAAACUGUCAACUUGUUGAAGGACUAUAUUGCUGGAAACUUCAGUCAUGAUGCAGAAGCUGGCACCACAGUAGUUUCUAUAGUAAGAAAAGUUGAAGAGCUCGCUAAGGCGCAAAAUUUGCCAAUGAAUUCUAGACCUGAAGCAUCAUUUGAUUAUUCGAAACUUCGAUGCUAUGAAAUUCUUCAAAUAUUGAAAAGUAAGUCAGGAGUAAUGAAAAACAAGGAGGAUGCUAUAAAAAAUAUCUGGGAAAAUCCAAUCAACUGGUCAAACUCGCUUCAAUUACCACACCAGGGAGUUCUGAAUAUUUCUGAUAACAAUAGCAUGUUUUACCAGUACAUGGAUGACCAUCUCGUUGGUAGAGAAAACGAAUUACAUGAUAUAAGGGAACUAAAGGAGAAGAAACAGGCGAAUAAAGUUUUGGAACCUUCUGAUCUUCUAUUAGAUGAGGAAUUAAAGAACGAUUCAGAGCAAUUUAUACCAGAUUGUUUAUAUGAGACUGACCCAUUGGAUUCAAUUCGUCAAGAUUUCACGAAUGUACCUAUAUACUGCAUUGAUUCUGAGACAGCUCAUGAAAUUGAUGAUGGUAUCUCUAUUGAAGAAGUUGAUCAAAACUAUUUAAUUUCCGUUCAUGUAGCAAAUCCGACAUCAUACAUCAAACCUAAUUCCAGUUUAGCCAAUAUAGCCUUUGGAAAGGGAACUACUACGUAUUUGCCAGAAGGACCAACUAUGAUGCUUCCAAAAUUUAUCUCUAAUUUGGCUGGUUUGGGAGAUGCCUCACAGGGAAAUAAAAUUAGGACAUUCGUGGUUCAGUUUGAGCUCCCUAAGUCGCAGAUAGAUUCGUACCUUGUGCAAAAGGAAAUAGAUGCCAAUUACUCUGAUGUCAAUGUUCUUGAAGUAAUCAAAAAGCACAUGGACAGUUCCUCUGCAGUGAAAGUUGGGCUUGCGUCAAAUUUUCCCCAGGGCUUCACUUAUGCUAAAGUUAAUUCGAUAUUAAACGAUGAGUCGAAAAUUGAGGCAUUCAAGUCAAAUUCAUUGAAAGACAUCAACCAUGUAAACCUAUUCAAACUACAUGGAAUCUCAAAAGUGUUAAAAGAUGUCAGAGUCUUGCUUGGAGAUGCCAUAUCAUUCCAAGGUAAUAGCUCUUCAGUCAGUGUCAACUAUACGAAGAAGAAUUCUGAUGAAACACACUUCAAAGCCAAAGAUGACUGCUAUGAAAUUGGUCUCUUCGGUCACAAUGCGCCAACGAUCUCUAUAGACCAAAAUGGCAACCAGAGUUCGGACUCCAAGUCACAACUUCUUGUCUCAGAGUGUAUGAUUGGUGGGAACCUAUCAGCAUCGAACUUCGCUUCGAAGCAUAAGAUACCAAUCAUCUAUAGAUCACAGUAUAUGAACUUACAUGACUCUGUCGCAGAAGAACUAGGUAGAAUUUCAAAGGACAAACAUGCAUUGCAGCAAAAUAUGGAUGUUGAAAACAUGGCAAAAGUAUUACCGUUCUUGACAUCUGCCAGGUUUCAAACCGAGCUGCCGAUUAAACCACAUCAAUCAUUAGGAGUGAAAGGUUAUGCAACAGUCACCUCUCCAUUGAGAAGAUUUGUAGAUAUGGUAAACCAUUGGAAAUUUGAAGAUUUCUUGUUGUCUAAACAAAAUGGUAAAGUGCUUUCUAGAAUCCUUGAUUCUAAGCUUCCAUACAUAGGAAGUCACUUGCAAAGCUGUGAGCUUAUAAACAAACAAUCUCAAAGAUUUUCCCUCAACUUUUGGGUGGGGGUGUUUUUAAAACAAUAUGAUCAUUUAUUGUCGUUAAAUGAGAUCGAGCCAAUUAAAUUCAAAUUAAUGAUCCAGUCAAGACCCAUAAACGGGCUCAUAAGAGUUCAAAUGCUUGAUUUUGCCAACAUUAGAGCAUCCAUAGAAGUGACACCGUUGUUCUUGAAGCACUUUAAAGAAGAAGAGCUAGGCGCCGGGAAGACUAUACAUGGAUACUUUGAGUUUGUGAAACUAGACUACAUUGAGCAUGAGGUAGUUCUCAGAGUAAGAGAAUAG